AAAGCUUGCCACAAACACACGUACCAUUCUGCACAGCUGUUUUUAAAACGUAGCUUUCGAGUUUCGACGUUUCUUAUAAAAUUUUUUGUGGAGAUUUACAAAUAUCCUGUGGAGUUCAUCCAUUCACCAUGUCUGCUAAUCGUAAACAGUUUUCUGCCAGCGAUGCUCCUAUCAGCAAAGUUACCGUCUACCGCGAUAGAGCUGAGAUUUCGCGGGUUUUGCGAUUCAAAGCGCAGCCUGGCGAACACGAAGUAGUUUUACAGCAGCUGCGAACGCCGAUUGAUCUUUCUUCCUUACGGGUGGAAGGACGCGGUCCAGCUACCAUCACCGAUGUGAAUUUAUCAAACAACUAUGUGAACAAAUCGCAGACGUCUGAUGUGGACCAGAAAGAAAAGAAGCUGCGCGAAGAGCUCAACCGACUUGAAGAGCAAAAAUCUAUCGAAGAUGCCGAAGAAGCCCGUUUGGGAAAGCAGCAGGAAUUUUGGUCCAAAUGUGUUGAAUCUCUUGCUACGGGCGUGUUUACCGUUAAAGAUGGGAAAUCGUAUCCAGCGACUGCUGAGACAUAUAACAACAUCACGGAAUUCCUUAAUUUCCAAUCUGGCGAAGCUAGGAAAUUGGACGAGAAGCUGCGCGAACAGCGUCAUGUUUCAAAGCAAUUAACUGAAAAAAUUGAAACAGCACAACGGAAUUUGAAUGAGUGCUGCUAUGGUAGUAGCAGAAACACUUGGGAUGUUUUAGUUUCUCUUUGUGCUGAGGCGGAAGGGGAGUUGGAACUGAAUAUCAGUUAUAUUGUGUAUGGCGCGAGCUGGAGCCCGAAAUAUGACGUCCGUGUCGCGUCGGACAGCAAGAAGUUGUCGAUCGCGUAUUAUGGGCUGAUUACUCAAAACACUAAUGAAGAUUGGGUGGAGAUUCCCAUUUGUUUGUCCACUGCCGUGCCAGCAGUUGGUGGCAACAUUCCUCAGCUGGGCACUAAACAGAUUUCAUUCAAACAGCCACCUCCUCCACCUGUGCCAACGCAACAGCUGUUUGGUUUCGCACCAAGGGCCAAGAUGUCUAGAGGUUAUGUCGAGGACGAGAUGAUGGAACGAUCUGCUCCUAUGAUGGCAAUGGCCAUGCCAAUGCGUGCAGAAAUGGCAACAGCUGUUACCCGAGUGGUCCAAGAUUCUGGAAUUACAACUUCGUUCGAAAUUGCCAAACUGACAACUGUUCCAAGCGACGGAUCGGAGCACAAAGUGACUGUCGGCAUGCUGGAAUUACAGCCACAUAUGCAGUACAAAGCGGUACCGAAGAAGGCAGAAAUGGCAUUUUUGGAGGCUAAGGCGGUUAAUUCUAGUGCAUAUCCAAUUUUACCAGGACCAGCGAGCAUUUUCUUUGGGUCUAAUUUUGUUGCAACGGUGGAUUUGAAGACCGUCAGUCCACAGGAAGAGUUUUCCUGUUCAUUGGGUGUUGACCCCGCAAUCAAGAUUAAAUACCGCCCUGUGCGCCGCUUCAAUGAACAAGUGGGAUUGCUGAAUAAAAUGAAUGUCGUUACUUAUGUGCAAGAAAUCGAAGUGAACAACACGCGUAGCGAUGCAGUGCAUAUCGUUAUUGUCGAUCAAGUCCCACGCAGCACGGAAGAGAAGUUGAAGGUUACGUUGAUCGAUCCACCGUUGACCCGCGAACGCCCUGAUGCCAAAGGCUUUUUAUUGAAUCAUGAUAACAACAUCGAACAUGCGAUAGAUGUCAAGGAGCGAUCGUCGUAUACAUGGACUGUGAAGUAUAAGCUGGAAUAUCCGUCGGAUAAAGAGAUCGAGGAGACGGAAGUGCAGGGUAGCGAUUAAGGAGUAAGAUUUUGACGCGCUUGGAUCUAUAUUAUCAGGAAAUCUUAAUUUCCUGUACGUUUGCUUGUUUACCGUUCUGUAUCUGGACAUCGUACGUGGUAGCUACAUGAAGCGCGGCUGAUCUUUAUUUUUUAUAAAUAGUGUUCUUUGCUUGUUGUCUUUAGUUUCUAACACGCUUCGUUAAAGUAUUGUCUUUCAUUUAGAGCUUUAAUUUUUAUCUUUAAUCUAUGCUCGAGUCUGCUAGAUGGUAUUGCAAAGUGCGACUUCGACAUUGGUUACUAAAUUUUAGAAUUG